AUGAAAGCCAUCGUUAUAUCCGCCUUCGGUCCCGUUGAGAAUCUCCGCAUUCAAGACGCCCCAAAGCCCUCGGCCACUUUAGGCACAGCCCUUAUCCGCAUCCGCGCUUUCGGUGUCAAUCACGCCGAGAUUCACAUGCGCCGGGGGGAGUGGGCCGAGUCCGUACCCAUCAGCGGCAUCGAAUGCGUCGGCACGAUCGAGGAUUGUCCAGGUGGUGAGCUUCCUGUCGGAGCCCCAGUCGCCUCGCUCAUGGGUGGUCUCGGACGAACAAUCCCUGGCAGCUACGCCGAAUACACUGUUGCCAGUGUCAAUAAUAUUGUUGCUCUUGGUGAUCUGCACGAGAUACUGCCAUUGUCUUGGGCGGAGCUAGCUGCAAUUCCUGAGAGCUAUGCCACGGCGUGGACAUGUUUGUUCAGAAACCUGGCGCUCGAAAAGGGACACACAUUGUUGAUCCGUGGUGCCACUUCUGCGUUCGGGAGGGCGGCUGUCAACCUGGCUGUCGAGGCCGGCGCAAUCGUCACAGCUACCACUCGAAGCGAGCAAAAGUUCGCAGAGCUGAAAGCGCUGGGCGUCGUCGAUGCGAUUCUGGAAGGCCCCGGGCUUCCUCGGCGUCUACAGGAACAGGGAAAGCCCGAGAAGUUCGACCGGGUCUUGGAGCUUGUGGGGAACACCACGGUUGUGGAAUCAUUGACCCUGGUUAAACGGGAUGGCCGGCUUUGUCUGGCAGGGUGGCUGGGCGGCCUUGAUCCUAUUCAGGGACCUGGCCCACUCCCAGGCUUCAACCCUCUGCUGCAGAUGGCGAGUGGCGUCCACUUCAAUUUCUUUGGGAGCUUUGUGUUUGGAACGCCAGAAUUCCCUCUCUCGGAUGUUCCACUGAAGGACAUCAUCCGGAGUAUUGCUAAUUCUAAAUUCGACGCCAAACCCUCCAAGAUAUUCAAGUUCAACGAGAUUCAAGAUGCUCAUAGGCUGAUGGAAUCUGGCAAGGCCAACGGCAAGAUUGUUGUUGUGGUGGAAUAG